AUGAACUUGUUUUUAUUCUGUCUUCUGGUCGUGCAAAUGCACAGCGGGGCGCCUGUGAUUCACACGCUGAAGUAUUUCUACACUUCGUCCUCUCAAGUUCCAAACUUCCCAGAGUUUGUGAUGGUUGCUUAUGUUGAUGAAGUCCAGGUGGUUCACUAUGACAGCGAGAGCAGGAAAGCAGAAGCCAAACAGGACUGGAUGAACCAAAUCACAGAAGAGAAUCCAAACUACUGGCAGAGAAACACAGAGAUCUGGGUUGUUCAGGAGCAAGUCUACAAAGUCAGCAUUGAAAUUCUUAAGAAGCGUUUCAACCAAACUGGAGGUGUUCACAUUGUCCAGAGGAUGUAUGGAUGUGAAUGGAAUGAUGAGACUGAUGAAGUUAAAGGUUGGGAUCAGUAUGGUUAUGAUGGAGAAGAUUUCAUAUCGUUGGACAUGAAGACAUGGACAUAUACUGCAGCAAAACAACAAGCUUUCCCCACCAAACUCAAGUGGGACCAGGACAUACUUACACUAGACUACAAUAAGUAUUACUACACUGAGCUAUGUCCUUCUUACUUGAAGAAGUAUGUGAAGUAUGGCAAGGAGGUCCUAAUGAGAACAGAGCUUCCAGAGGUGUUCCUCCUCCAGAAGACGCCGUCCUCUCCGGUCACCUGCAUGGCGACAGGUUUCUACCCCGACCUAGCCGACCUGUUUUGGAGGAAAGACGGCGAGCAGAUGUUCGAGGACGUGGAGCACGGAGAGCUGCUCCCCAACCACGACGGAACCUUCCAGAUGUCGGUGGAGCUGAAAGUGGAGGUGACGGCCGACGUGGAGGGCAAGUACGAAUGUGUGUUCCAGCUGUCUGGCGUCGAGGAGGACUUGGUCACCAAGCUGGAGAGAAGAAGCAUCCUGAGCAACGCAAGCCAUGAAGACCACUGGAGCGUCGCCAUCGGUGCCACGGCGGCGGUCGUGGCUGUGGCGGCCCUCCUGGCGGCCAUCUUCCUCGUCAGGCGACACAGACAAGAUCCACAGAGACAGAGCACCCACUCUCACAUAGAAACACAGCGUGGCGUGAGGAAAAAGUCCAUUUCACCUUUUGUUUCUCUGUCAUUUCAGCCAAAUACGAUCCAGCUCCUCGCCACGGCGGGGCCGAGCUCCCCGAGAACAUGCCGGCUGAAGGCUGAGUGGGACGCGGAGAUGCUUUGUCCUGAGGAAGAUGGCUACCCACCAGCUGCAGCCAAUGAGGUGAACUCCUUUGAAGUCACAUGA